AUGGAGGACCCAUGGGGGGGCUUGGGGGGCAUCCCCAUAGCACCCCACCGAGCACUCGGUAGCCCCUCGGUAGCCCUGGCUGGCCUUGACGAGGCUAUUGUUUCCCGUAUUAGGCAAUCCCGGCCGGUGCUGCGCUGCCAUAGACGGUGUUUUGCUGCCUCCCUACGGGAGGACGAGGUCCCCGGCAGCACCGGUUCCCGCAGCCCCGCCGGCUCCUCCGCCGGCACCGACCGGUGCCGGCGGAGGAGCCGGCGGAGCUGCGGGAACCGGUGCUGCCGGUGGGACCUCGCUGUCGCCCUCCCCGGGGGUGUCCACAUGGAGGACCCAUGGGGGGGCUUGGGGGGCAUCCCCAUAGCACCCCACCGAGCACUCGGUAGCCCCUCGGUAGCCCUGGCUGGCCUUGACGAGGCUAUUGUUUCCCGUAUUAGGCAAUCUCUCCCCACAGUGAAUCCCUGCUGCUAUUUCCCCUGCCAGCACCAAGGGGUGUGCGUGAGGGUCGGCCUGGGAGGAUACGAGUGUGACUGCACGCGGACCGGGUACUUCGGGGCCAACUGCACCUCCCCCGAGCUCUGGACGCGCCUCCAUGACUGGCUGAAGCCCAGUCCUGCCUUCUACCACUUCAUCCUCACCCACUUCAAGUGGUUUUGGGACAUUGUCAACAGCACCUUCAUCAGGGACACUCUCAUGAGGCUCAUACUCACAGUUCGUGCCAAUCUCAUCCCCAGCCCCCCCACCUUCAACUCCGACUAUGGCUACAUCAGCUGGGAGGCCUAUGCCAACGUCAGCUAUUACACCCGCGUCCUCCCACCCGUGCCAGACAACUGCCCCACGCCCAUGGGGACCAAAGGGAAGCAGCAGCUCCCCGACCCCCAGCUCCUGGCAGAGAGGUUCCUGCUGCGGCAGAAGUUUGAAGCCGAUCCCCGAGGCACCAACCUGAUGUUUGCCUUCUUCGCCCAGCAUUUCACCCACCAGUUCUUCAAGACGUCCGGGAAGAUGGGACGUGGCUUCACCAAGGCGCUGGGGCACGGGGUGGAUCUGGGGCACGUGUACGGGGACAACCUGCAGCGGCAGCACCAGCUGCGGCUCUUCCGAGACGGGAAGCUGAAAUUCCAGGUGGUGGAUGGAGAGGUGUACCCCCCCAUGGUCACCCAUGCUCCGGUUCACAUGGUCUACCCGCCUGCCGUCCCCAAGGAGAAGCAGCUGGCGAUGGGGCAGGAGGUGUUUGGGCUGCUGCCGGGGCUCUGCAUGUACGCCACGCUCUGGCUGCGCGAGCACAACCGGGUCUGCGACAUCCUGAAACAGGAGCAUCCCACCUGGAGCGACGAGCAGCUCUUCCAGACAGCUCGUCUCAUCCUCAUCGGGGAGACCAUUAAGAUCGUCAUUGAAGACUAUGUCCAGCACCUCAGCGGGUACUACCUGAGCCUCAAGUUUGACCCCGAGCUGCUGUUUGGGACACAGUUCCAGUACCGGAAUCGCAUCGCGGUGGAGUUCAACCAGCUCUAUCACUGGCACGGGCUGAUGCCCGACUCCUUCAUCAUCCAGGGGGACGAGUACAGCUACGAGCAGUUCCUCUACAACACCUCCAUGCUCCUGGACUACGGCGUGGAGGCGCUGGUGGAGUCCUUUUCCAAGCAGGUUGCAGGAAGGAUCGGUGGGGCUCAAACCAUCAAUGCCAAUGUCUUGCAAGUGGCCAUUGGGGUCAUCCAGGAAUCCCGGCAGCUGAGGCUUCAGCCGUUUAACGAGUAUCGGAAGAGGUUUGGCAUGAAGCCCUACAAGUCCUUUCAGGAACUGACAGGAGAGGAAGAGAAGGCGGCAGAGCUGGAGGAGCUGUAUGGAGACAUUGAUGCUCUGGAGUUUUAUCCGGGCUUGCUGCUUGAGAAACCUCAACCCAAUGGUAUUUUUGGGGAAAGCAUGGUGGAGAUUGGAGCUCCCUUUUCCCUGAAGGGGCUUUUUGGAAACCCCGUCUGCUCCCCAGAGUACUGGAAACCCAGUACCUUCGGCGGGGAGACUGGCUUUGAGAUCGUUAAGACAGCAUCGCUGGAGAAACUCGUGUGCCUCAACGUGAAGAAGUGCCCAUAUGUGGCAUUUCACGUGCCGGAUGCUUUAGAAAAUGGCAGCCCUCGGGGUGGUGGACCAUCUACUGAGCUCUAGCACCAGGACAGCCUGCCCAGGGAGCGGCGGGGACACAGGGACCUGCCCACCCCUGUGCCGAGCAGAAGAAGGAUAGAAGAUGGUCCCAUCCUGGGCAUCCUCCACACCAGCCCUUGAGGAGGUGCUGGUACCAGCUCUGUGGAAAGCUGGAGCGCCUCAGGAGCGUGGCUGCCACCGCUGUCCUCAGCAGAUCCAGUUCUCUUGCUAGUGAAUACCUUGCACGAAGCCAGCUUUGGGGUUCCCCAGGGGACACCCCCCAUCCCGGGAUGCUCUGGACUCCCCUGUGCUUUGUCACCUUCCGUCCCCGCUGCUUUCCAGCACCAGGCCACCAGCACCCCUCUUCUGCAGGGCUUCCCCGCUCAGGACAGAGGAGCACGGAGCCCAGGGAGCCUUCACAGUCCGUCCAGUUGAGGCACUGAGCUCCCCAGGGGAGGUGGAGGAGGCAGGUGACAGCAGGCAGAGGGACGGGGAGGACACACUGUAGGAGGUCGUGCUGGCCCGGCGGUGGCUGAGUUUGCAGUAGGAACCUGCCCUGAUCCACUUCUGCAGCCGCUCUGCACCGUCCGCCCCACACAGCCAAGAACAAGGAACCAAAGCAACAUCUCUGCGGGAGGAGACCAGGGGAGAAGCAUCAGAUCAGACCUCCCAGACCUCCCACAUCUCCCACCCGCUGGCCAGACCCCAGCAGGCACCGCUGGCCGCCCGAGCGGGGCUGCUCGGAGCAAGACGCUACCUCUGUGCAGACACAGUGAUGAUGUCUCUCCCCCUGUGAUCGUUAACACUUCCCAGCGUUAAUAGCUCAGCAAUGGCGUCCCCCAGGCACACAGAG